CGCACUGGAGGAGCAGAUGUGAGAGGCACACGGUAGGGGCCAGACGCGCCGUGAUAAUUAGCCGCGGAUAUAUUAACGGGAAUAACCGGAUUAUGAGGAUUUGAGGAGGAGAAAUCGCCAGAAUCCGGUGUCAUACAAGGCGAGGGAUUAAGUUAGACAUCUUCACUCCUUCGGUCGGCGUUAUGGGGAUAGACCGGCGGCGGAGAGCAUCCCUGGCUCUCACCUUGAACUUCCUCGCUUUGUUUCUGGCCGUGUCGGCUCUCACCACCAGCUACUGGUGCGAGGGGACGCGGAAAGUGGUGAAGCCGUUCUGCACCGGCCCGGUCACCACCAAGCAGUCGUUCUGCAUCAGGUUCAACAGCUCCAACAUCAACGACACGCGGCUGGUGCAGUACAUCUGGGAGACCGGGGAGGAUAAGUACGUGAUGAGGAAGUUUCACACCGGCAUCUGGUUCUCCUGCGAGCAGAACAUCAACAUGACCGGUGAAAAAUGCAGGAGUUUCCUUUAUGUUGCACCUUCAAAUGAAAGAGGAGUGCUGUGGCUGUGCAUUGUUGCGGAGUGCCUGUACAUCCUCCUGCUGGCCACCGGAGGCAUCCUCAUGUCCUUAGAGGUGUGUCACGUUGGCAAUGUCAUCGACGGCCUGAAGCUCAACGCCUUCGCUGCCAUAUUCACUGUGCUCUCAGGUCUGUUGGGUAUGGUGGCCCACAUGAUGUUCACCACAGCCUUCCAGCUGACUGUCAGUCUGGGCCCAGAGGACUGGAAACCUCAGACAUGGGACUACAGCUGGUCGUACAUUUUGGCGUGGAGCUCCUUCACAGCCUGCAUGGCGUCCUCAGUCACCACCAUCAACCGCUACACCAAAACCAUUCUGGAGUUCAAGCACAAGCGCAGGAACAUUGAGAAGAACCUGAAGAUCAAGCAGAAGCUGCUGGAGCUGGACUCUCCAGAGCAGGUGUGGGACAUGUACAUCAGCUCAGUGCCGAGCACUGCGGAGGAGCUGCUGGAUCUGUCGUCCAAUGGUCGCAAACUCUCCAACACCUCCAUCUUCCUGGACCUCAACGACCUGCCCGACCCACAGGGAGAGGAGUACUGCUAGAGGAGUAGCGUGUAGCAUUUUCAAACAUCAGCAGGUCAUCGUCAUGUUCACUGUGAUACAAUAAUAUAAUUACUGUAAACAAAAUGAGACCAUGGUUGAGAGCUGUGGUGAUUUGUUACUCCGCUACAAGCUGAAUAGCACACAUAUAUGACAUACUAUAAAGGUAAAGUGGCUAACAGGUUAGCAAGCAGUUUCAACAUCUAGCAGAUACGGAGCAACAUUACCAGUAAUUUGGAGUCGUGUUUCUGGCCACCUGAUAAAUCUAAGUCCAAUAUUCAUUCAUUCAUUCUUUUGGUCUUUCUGGAAACAGCUGGUGGAAACCUGCUGCUGGAAACAGGGUCGAUGAGAGGAGUGAGACUGAACCAAACCAUAAAGUUACUGACCCUAAAACCGAACUACUGAGUCGGGUUGUAAUUCUCUGUGGGUUUGGUACUACCAGCAACACUUUUCACAUUACACAUAGUCAAUUAAAGGUCCGGUGUGUACGAUUCAGUGGCAUAUAGAGGUGAAAUUGCAGUUUGCAACCAUUUUAAUACCGCUCGCCUCACCCUCCCCUUCCAAGCGUGUAGGAGAAAUUAAGGUGGCCACGAAACUCACGAAAAACACGAACAGCCCUGUCUAGAGCCA